AUGGCCGAACAUAUUGAUGCUAAUCGACUUAAUAGUGAUCUUCGUUAUCGUUUUGAAUAUAUAUCAAAAUUUUUAAAUUUUACAUCGGAUGAUAUUGCUAUGCUUAAUACAUUUGCACCUAUUAUUUUUCCAAUUAUUCCUGUUCUUGCUGAUACUGUCUAUAGAAAAUUAUUUUCAUUUGAUAUUACAAAGCAUUAUUUUCUUGUUCGUAAUGAAGGUUUUGAAGGUUUUUUACCAAAAAAAACUCCUGGUAUUACAUUAGAUUCACCUCAAAUGGAACUACGGAAAGAUAUGUUAAGCAUGUAUUUAAAACGUGUAUUAACACAACGUGAUUGGAAUGAUACAUUUCUUCAAUUUUUAUCACAUGUUGGAAAAAUACAUACAAAUCAAGCCGGUUCAGCAUCCAUUAAUGUUGAUUAUACACAUAUAAAUGCAUUACUUGGUUAUUUAGAACAUUUAUUAAUUGAUGUUCUAUGUAAUGCUGAUAGUAUAGAUGAAAAAACCAAACGUGGAAUUCUAAUGGCAAUAAAUAAACUUUUUUGGAUACAAAAUGAUUUUUUUACAAUGCAUUAUUUAAUGUCAUUGAAAGAUACUCUAAAACCGGUUAAGACACCUCCGUUAACGAAAAAAUCAAAAUGUUGUUGGAUGUAA